AUGUCGGCUCAGAACUCCGCGGGCAUCCAGACCCUCCUUGACGCCGAGAGGGAGGCGCAGAAGAUUGUGCAACAAGCUCGGGAAUACCGCACCAAGCGGAUAAGAGACGCCAAAGCCGAGGCCCAGAAGGAGAUCGAAGAGUACCGCAACCAGAAGGAGGAGGAAUACAAGAAGUUUGAGGCGGAGCACUCGAGUGGAUACAAGAAGGCUGAGGAAGAUGCCGACAAGGAGGCGCAGGAGAAGUUGAAGGAGAUCGAGGCGGCUGGCAAGAAGCAGGGCGACAAGGUUGUUGAGGAUCUUAUCAAGGCGACAACCGAUGUGAAGCCCAAGGUGCCUGAGAAGAUCGCAAAGGCAUAG